UUCGUCCCUUCUUGUUCUCUUCCUCUCUGGAGUACAGCUUUGAUUUCCCACUGUCUCUCUGUCAGAGAUCCAAAAGUUCUUCCAUAAAUACGAAAGCGUGUUAUCUGCUUUAGAAAACAUCAAAAGAUUUCAUCUAUUACUACAACGUAACAACAACAAAAGUAGAGAUUAUCGGCUCCUUAGAUUCUCUCAAAUUUAGUUAUUUCCGCUCAAUCUGGAAAACUAUUAUCGUCGAUCUGAUCUGUGAAACACCAUUUUCCUGCUGCAUUUAGAGACCAUCGCCAUUGUUGACCUUUCUAACCUUUCUUUAUUCCGCCUCUCCUGUUUAUUCCUUCCAAUUGAAAGAUAUUUUUAACUUUGUGUCCAUAGCUUCUUACUUUGGCCGCAAAUUUGUAAUCUUUGCCUACUUUGGGUUUUGGGUUAGAGUCUUUACGCUUAAGUUUAUUAGGGUUGAUUUGGCAUUGGGUAUUUGCGGCCCUUCUUGCUGAAUCUGUUCUUCGUAGAGGCGAGUUGGUUUCUGGGUCCUUGUCGUUUCGGUUGAUUUGGAGUUCUCUCGACUGGGUCUUCUUUGAUCUUGUGAUUCUGAUUGGAGGGGCAAAUCUUGCUUCCUCAAUUUGAUUUAUUAAUUUGAAGAUUUUGAUGCUUCAUUGUCAAGAUGCAGCAUGAUCAAAGAAGGAAGUCGUCGGUGGAAGUGGACUUCUUCACUGAAUAUGGUGAGGGUAGCAGGUACAGAAUAGAGGAAGUAAUUGGCAAAGGUAGCUAUGGGGUUGUUUGCUCUGCGUAUGACACGCAUACUGGAGAAAAAGUUGCUAUUAAGAAAAUCAAUGAUAUCUUUGAACAUGUCUCUGAUGCCACUCGCAUCCUUCGCGAAAUUAAACUUCUUAGACUCUUGCGCCAUCCAGAUAUUGUGGAGAUCAAGCACAUCUUGUUGCCUCCUUCCAGGAGGGAAUUUAAGGAUAUAUAUGUUGUUUUCGAACUUAUGGAAUCUGAUUUACACCAGGUUAUAAAAGCAAACGAUGAUUUAACCCCAGAACAUUAUCGGUUCUUUCUUUAUCAGCUUCUUAGAGGCCUGAAGUGCAUACAUACAGCAAAUGUCUUUCAUCGAGAUCUGAAGCCCAAAAACAUCUUAGCAAAUGCUGACUGCAAACUCAAAAUUUGUGACUUUGGUCUUGCAAGAGUAGCUUUUAAUGAUACUCCUACUGCAAUAUUUUGGACAGAUUAUGUUGCUACGAGGUGGUAUAGAGCUCCUGAAUUAUGUGGAUCCUUUUUCUCUAAGUACACACCUGCCAUAGAUAUAUGGAGCAUCGGGUGUAUCUUCGCAGAACUUUUAACAGGGAAGCCUCUUUUUCCUGGCAAAAAUGUUGUCCAUCAGUUGGAUCUGAUGACUGAGCUGUUGGGAGCGCCUUCUUCUGAAGCCAUAGCCAGGGUACGCAAUGAGAAAGCUCGGAGAUACUUAAGCAGUCUGUGGAAGAAGAAGCCCAUUCCCUUCUCGCAGAAGUUCCCUCAUGCUGAUCCACUUGCACUUCGGCUGUUAGAAAAGAUGCUGGCAUUUGAACCCAAGGAUCGGCCUACUGCUGAAGAGGCUCUUGCAGACCCAUAUUUUAAGGGUUUGGCCAAAGUUGAGAGAGAACCUUCUGCUCAACCAGUCUCCAAAUUGGAAUUUGAAUUUGAGAGACGAAGGAUAGGGAAGGAAGAUGUACGAGAGCUCAUUUACAGAGAAAUUCUUGAAUACCAUCCUAAAAUGUUGAAAGAGUACUUAGAAGGAUCAGAGCCAACAAGCUUCAUGUAUCCAAGUGCUGUUGACCAUUUCAAGAAACAAUUUGCUUACCUUGAGGAGCACUAUGGAAAUGCAGCUGUUACUCCCCCUGAGAGGCAACAUGCAUCAUUGCCCAGGCCUUGCGUUUUAUAUUCAGAUAACUCAGUACAUAAUUCAGCAGAGGUCAUGAAUGACCUUUCCAAGUGUUGCAUCAAAGAAAAGGAGAAGCCGCGGAUGGACAGGAGUUCUGGGAUCCCUACGACCAGACUUCCUCUUCAAGUUCCUCAAAGUAUCCAAGCUGGUGCUCCAAGACCUGGGAAAGUGGUUAGUUCGGUUAUGCGUUAUAACAAUUGUGGGGCAGCAGCAGCAGACGCUCUUGAUCAGCGAAGGAUGGUUAGAAAUUCUGCUGUUUCAGCUCAAUUUGCUGACUCAACAUCUCCAAGAAGAAAUCCCGACUGUAAAAACGAUAAAGGAGAAGCUGAAGGGGUUGGAGGUUCUAAUGGAUUGCGGCCAAAGCCACAGUACAUGGCUAGGAAAGUUGCCGCUGCUCAAGGUGGAUCUGGAAGUCAAUGGUAGUGAUUCCACUGGUUUUUUCUUUGAACUCGAAUGCUACAUCCAAACUCUACGUAUCCUCGAGUGGUUAAAAUGUUGGAAGUUUGUUUGUAUCCUCGAGCGGAGGAAAUCUUGCGACAAGCUGUCGCUAAUCACUAAGUGUAGGAUGGGUUCUAUGGUGCCAACAAUUCAUGACACUAGCUUUCUUGUGUUAAUCAAUAACCUUGGAUCAUAGUUACAAAGGUGAUUACUUGUACUGCUAAGUUAUUCAUUGAUUGUUUUCAAGAUCAAGACUUGGUAUCUCUUACUUCUCCGACUGUAACAGUAGGACUUGACUGCUAUGUAUCUGAUCAUAUAAUCUAAGCCAAUGUUCUCUAUUGCUAGUCUACUUAUUUUCUUCGCUUUCUAGAAGAUAAUUGUAAUAUGUAUGCAUUUACAGGCAAUCAAUUCUUAGUUGAUGUG